AGAGAGAGAGUACUGCUAAUCACACUCUCUCUCUCUCUCUCAGUUCAUUCAUCAAAUCAAAACGAAACGAGAAACCCUUGUUCACUUUGUUUCAGGUCAGUUUUACCCUAUCCAUCAUUUUUCUUCCCUCGAAUCAAAUCAAAUCAAAUCAAAAACACUCUCUACUCUAUCGCAUGCUUAUUUGGUUCUUCAACUUCGAAAUCGAAAUUCCAGAACGAAGAAGCUUCCAAUGACUACUGAACCUUCCGAAGAAGCUGCUUACAUCGAGAAGCUCUACCAAUAUGGCGAGCAACUCAACUCUUCCAAAGACAAAUCUCAGAACGUCAAGGAUUAUCAAGGAAUCAUAGAUACAGCUAACACUAGUGUUAAAGCUAAACAACUCGCUGCACAGCUUAUUCCUAAGUUCUUCAAGUUCUUUCCUGAACUUUCCGGUCCUGCACUCGAUACUCAUCUUGAUUUGGUUGAAGCUGAUGAACUCGGGGUUCGGGUGCAAGCGAUAAGAGGACUGCCUCUUUUCUGCAAGGAUACACCUGAGAAUAUUGGAAAAAUGGUUGAUAUUCUUGUGCAACUUCUUUCGUCCGACGAAUUUGUGGAGCGUGAUGCUGUGCAUAAGGCUCUGAUGUCUCUGCUGAGGCAGGAUGUGAAAGCUUCUUUGACGACGUUGUUUAAGCACAUUCGCGGCAAUGUUGAAGAGCAAAAUGCGGAUGACCUUAGUCGUGUAAAGGACCUUAUUCGUGAAAAGGUUAUAAAUUUUGUUAGAGAUAAGGUCUUCCCUAUUAAAGCUGAACUGUUGAAGCCCCAAGAGGAAAUGGAACGGCACAUAACCGAUCUAAUAAAAAAUAGUUUAGAAGACGUAACUGGUAUAGAAUUUCGAAUGUUUAUGGAUUUCCUGAAGAGUUUGAGCCUAUUUGGAGAAAAGGCUCCAGCUGAGCGUAUGGAAGAGCUGCUUGGAAUCAUUGAAGGACAAGCUGAUUUAGAUUUACCGUUCAAUGUUGCUGAUGCAAAUCAAACAGAUCAUAUUCAUAGGUUGAUAUCAUGCCUUCACAUGGCACUUCCAAUUGUUGUGAGGGGUGCAUCUAGCAGCAAAUUUAUUAACUUCAUAAACGACUAUAUAAUACCUGUUUUUGACCAGCUUCCUGGAGAACGAAAAGUAGAUUUGCUCAGAAACCUUGCAGAGUUUUCACCUUUCACAACACCACAAGAUUCACGGCAAAUGCUUCCUUCUAUUGUUCAGUUGCUGAAGAAAUACAUGACUUGGAAGAAAACCGGAGAAGAGAUGAAUUUUACAUAUGUUGAGUGCUUGUUGUACACAUUUCAUCACCUAGCUCACAAGGUUCCUAAUGCCACCAAUAGUUUAUGUGGUUACAAAAUUGUUACUGGCCAACCAUCUGAUAGGCUUGGAGAAGACUUCUCAGAGCAAUAUGAUGAUUUUACCGAGAGAUUGAAAAACGUGGAGGAGUUCACCCGGGCUACAAUCAAGAAAUUAACUCAAGGAAUGGCUGAAAACAACAAAUCUAUGGCAGAUGCUAAAACUGAUGAAGAAAAGGAAAAAAUUAAAACUAAAAAACAGAAUGCUACAACUGGGUUGCGUACCUGCAAUAAUAUUUUGACGAUGACAAAGCCAUUGCACGCAAAAGCGCCUUCUUUUAUUGGAGAUAAGAGAAUCAACCUUUCUUGGAAAGAAGCAACCAAAUCUGCAUCAACUACCGCACCAGCUGUUGGAGCAAAACGGCCUGCUACUACUGGCAAUGGGUCCAACAAUAUUGCAUUGAAGAAGGGUCGAGGUUCUGGUGGUAUGCAAAAUCAACUAGUCAAUAGAGCACUAGGCGGAUUAUCUGGUGGAGGAGGAGGAAGAGGCAGAGUCUCUGGUGGAGGUAGAGGUGGAGCAAGGGGCCGGGGCCAGGGCCAAGGCUGGGGUCGCGGAAGAGGAAGUGGAAGAGGUAGAGGUAGAGGGUAUUGGUGAUUCUGUUUCAGUUCUCAUAUAGAUAAGAUCUAAUUUCAUGGAGACUGUACCAGAAUACAAAUAGGACUUCUUAAUUAAUGUACUAAAAUUCUUUGGCAGAGGAAGUUUUGAUUAUAGAGGAUAAUGGCAUUUUACAUUAAGUUGUACUUUCUCCGAAGUUUGUUUCUGUAGAAUGUGAGUUAUUGAUCAUUUUCUUAUCCUUUUGAUGCAAGCGGGAAUCAGUUGACUGAACAUCUUAUGCCCCCUUGGUUAUGUAUGCAUGUAAUGUAAUGACAAGUGGAUUUAUAUGUAGGCCAUUUCUGAUA